CUGGAUAAGGAGCGCUCAUUUUUGAAUAUAUUUCAAUUUGGUGCCACCAAUAGCCAUAUAUGGCAUGCUUUGAUUGGUUGUGUAGUCUUGAGGUCAUGGUGUGAUCUCUGU